AUGGCACCUGGUGGCUUUACUGCGACGGCCAAAGCAAGACUGCCAGGAUCACUUAUCCAUGCUUUUACGCUUCCACCCGAAGUCGGUGGCUAUGACGUGAUGGCCAGAGGAGCCUGUCAGAAUAUCAUAUAUGGCGACAUCACUAUGUACCCAAAGGAAAUGGGUUAUGAGGAGGAGAUUCCGACAGGGCACACCGAUUUUAAAAAUUUUGAAAUUAGCCGACCGUUUCCUGGAAAUCUUUACGACCUAAUCAUCUGCGGGGGAGCAGUGGCUAGAGAUCAACCAAGAGACGUGUACCGGAACGACUGCGAGUCACGGCGGUUAACGGUGUCGCAAUUAGUGUUCGCUAUGAAUCGCCUCAAGCUCGGGGGCUCACUCAUCUUGCUCCUUCAACGCAUCGAAUCCUGGGACACAGUGUGCAUACUUCAUGCUUUCAAUGAGUUCUCCACUAUUCAACUUUAUAAACAUCCCAAGGCCCAUGCAAUUAAAUCAUCAUUCUAUCUGGUCGCAAAGAACGUCAACUUGGACCACGAUGCUGCAAAAGAGUCUAUCGCAUAUUGGAAAGCGCUCUGGAAGUACCUGACUUUCAAAGAAUCCAGGCCCAUAGCAUUGCCGGAGUCGAAACUCUAUCGAUCCGAUGAUGCUUCGGUUCGAAUAUUGCGAGAGAAAUUUGGUCCUAAAUUUCUCAAUAUAGCGCAGCCUAUCUGGGAAAUCCAGGCAGAAGCACUUCGCAAAGCACCAUUUAUAUAA